UCGGCCACCUAUACGCGCCACCGAACAACCGCGUAAACACACACGCGCGCACGCACACACGCACACACGCGCCCGCGCUAUCGCUCGCUCGCUCCGUAUUGCUACGGGCCACGUUUCCGGGCGAACAAUAACAAUAUUUUAAUAUAAUAAUAUAUUAUCGAGUUUUGUUUUAUCGUCUCGCUGCUGCCCCUCGUCGCACGCGGCUACGCUCACGGUUACGCUCGUCCGCCCGCAGUGCGCGUGUAUACUCACUCGCGCCCGGACCCGCCGCCGCCGCAGCAGCCACCCUUGGGCGCUACCCUCGGGAAAAUUGUCGUCAUGACGUCGUUUCAAUCGUCAUCACGACUUUAACGCGACGAAAAUAUUGCGCCCGGUGUGUACCGACAUAUAGGUAUAGUGCGAAAUUCCGAGUUCUUCCAUUUCAACACUGCAGCAAGUGUUUUCUAUGUAUUAAAUUUUAGUAUCGGUUUACAGUGCGUCCCGUACUAACCUAGGUCAUAUUACAUACACAAGUACCUUUCUACGUUGUGUGUGAGAGAUCUCCUUGGCAGUGGAUACGUGAAUAAAUGGUAAAGUAACUUGUGACCGAAAGUCGAACACGAAACAGCGUCACCACCACCAGCCCCCGCACCACCUGUUGCCGUGCGGUCGACGAGAUUGACAUGACUUUCAGAUGCGUGCCGGCUUUUCAGCCGCUGUCGUCGGGCGCCGAUUGCGCCGCUCCGUGGGAUCGGCUAGCCGGACAUGGUACAGUCGCGUCGAUCGGCAGUGGCGGGGGCGGGGGUAGUGGCGGUGGAGGCGGUGGUGGAGGAGGCGGCGGAGGCUCGUCACCGUUCAGCCCGCACCACCAUCACCACCAUCACCACCACCGGAACACGACGCCCACCAACGCCGGUUCCAACAUGGGACACCACCAGGACUUCCAGCCACCGUACUUCCCGCCGCCGUUCCCUCCGGCCCACCAUCACCAUCAGCCAUCCGCCGGCAACGCGUCUUCGCCGUCCGCCAUGGACUACAUCAACGACCCGUAUUCGCAGACGCUCAACAGCCUGCACCAAAGCGCCCAGGCCGCCGCAGCCGCGCACCACUACAAUCAGCUGACCGUGGCCGCGGUGUCCGUAGGCCAGCGGCACGACGCCCUCCGCCGGUCGGACUCGGACUCCAUACACGUGGGUAACAUGCACCCUUCUUUCCCGUACGAGAGUGGCCGUUCCCGAGGAGGCGAGUACGGUUCCGGCGUCGGUGGAGUUCGCGGCCGAGGCGACGUACUCGUCCAGUCACACCCGGGCCUGGAGGACUCGCUGGUCCUGCAUAACGCCCUGUCCAGCGUGGUGGAAGAAGCUCAGGAACACAACGUGGAUGACAGCAGUUCGUUUAUGAACGACUUGCCGCUACUAAAACGUAUGUCCACUACCCCUUCGGACGUAUUUUGCAGCGUACCUGGACGUCUAUCGUUGCUCAGCUCUACAUCAAAGUACAAAGUAACUGUCGGCGAAGUCCAACGCAGGUUGUCGCCUCCAGAAUGUCUGAACGCCUCUCUAUUGGGCGGCGUGCUCAGAAGAGCAAAAUCCAAAAACGGUGGACGGCUAUUGCGCGAAAAACUUGAAAAAAUUGGCCUAAACCUGCCGGCCGGACGAAGAAAGGCCGCAAACGUAACGCUGCUCACGUCACUCGUCGAAGGCGAAGCGAUACAUUUGGCCAGAGACUUUGGGUACGUAUGUGAAACAGAAUUCCCAGCACGACAAGUGGCGGAAUACUUGAGCAGGCCACACACGAGUGAUCCGACAGAGUCGUACCGAAGAAAAGAGCUUAUACAUGCCACAAAACAAGUGACCAAAGAGCUGAUGGACCUGCUCAACCAAGACCGUUCGCCGCUGUGCAACACCAGGCCGCAGCACAUUCUCGACCCUAUCAUACAGCGCCCGCUCACACACUUUUCGCUCAUAUCGCACGGAUUCGGCAGUCCCGCGAUCGUAGCCGCACUAACGGCAAUACAGAACUUCCUCUCAGAAUCGUUGAAGCACUUGGACAAGGUGUACCCGUCCGGCAACAGUCUGUCGUCUCAGCAACAGCAACAGAACAACCAGCUGCAGCAACAGGACCAGAAGCCCAAAGACUUGGUCGGACUGGAGCUGAAGAAGUGAGCCUGGUCGAGGCGGGCGCAUCGCGAACCUGCCGGCGGCCCGCAACAGCACCAGCCGCAACCACCGAACCACCAGACUAGGCUGCAGCCGCAACACUCGUACGGCGGCAACCGCGACGAUCGCUGUCAGUGAUCGACGGCGAUCGCGCGCACAGCGUAUUAAUUAUAAAAAAAAUAAUAAUAAUAAUAAUAAUAUUAUUAUGUACAAUAAUUAAUAUCGGUCUUCCGCCGCCGCCGUGAUUUUUAAGUUUUCUGUUUUAUUUUCUCAUCCCGUGCUCGAUACGAGAGAUCUAAAACUACUUUUUUUCGUCGGCGCGCGCUCGACUGUUUUAAAUAAUAUUUAAGCAAAAAAUAUAAAAAAAAUAAUAACAAAAAAAUUGACAAAUUUACAAUGUUGUAUAUUAAUAUUAUUAUUAUUAUUAUAUAGUGAUAUUACGAUGUGCAGUAUAAGUUUUAUUAGAAUAUUGUAUUGUGCGAUAUAAUAUAACGGUACUUGUAAAUAAUACGAUGAUGUAUUAUAAUAUAUAUUAUAUUUUUUUCGGACAAUCGGAAUUUUUUUUUUUUAUUAUUAUUAUUUUUAUUUACAUGCAUAGUUUACGCAUUAGGACUUAUGCGCGCGUAUGUGCGUAAGUGCGUGUUUUUUUAAUUUUUAUUUAUUUAUUCUCGUUUUUAGAUUAUAUUUUUUACGUUUUCGAAACUUGUACAAAUCUAGAAUGAUUUCCCGCCCCUUCAUGUGCCAUCCGUAUAAUUACCGCGAAACCCUCUCGAUUCGUUGAUAAGAAAAUAUUAUAAUUAAUAUCAAAACAUAUAUAAUUAAUGAUUAUUGUAUAUUAUAAUUUGUGUCGUCGUCGCGACUUGUGUUUUAUUUUUAAUUAAUUUCUUAAUUAUUUAUUAUUAUUAUUAUUAUUAUUAUCUUGUACGCAAGAACGUUACACGACAAAAUAUAUUAUGAUUGUGACGUCAUCAAGACAAAGAAUCAAAAUGAAACGUUAAAUUAGAAAAAAUCAAAUUUAGUUCGUAGUAGAAUUGACUCGUCCCACGAUAUCAUUGCCAUAUUAUUAUUAUUAUUUGCUCAGGAUCAUGAAGCGAUAUUCGUUAUUAUAUUAUAUGUUAUGCUAUUAUCAUAAUGAUUCAAUGAUAUUGUCGGUGUGUUCGUUUAUGAAUCGGGGACAUAUUAAUUUUACCAGAGAUGAAUCAUAUUUUGUGUUUUAAUACGUAUUAUAUGUUUUUAGGUACCUAUUAUAGUGAAAAUAUUAUUUACUGUUUGACG